AUGGCCGUUACUCGUUCAUCACCAUCUCCGGCCAAAGUUACAAAACCCACAAAACAAUCGCAGAAAACCAGACCCAAAUCAAAAAUGGGUAAAAAAAAUCUGAAAGAGAACCCUCCUAGCCCCACUUCCCCUUCUAUUAAAAGAAAAACCAUUGCUGGACCUUCGAAGAACACUCGAGGAAAAAGACCUCGAACUGUUGUUGAAAAUUCAGACUCAGAUUUUGAGUUGGAUUCUGAAUUUCUUAAGUCGCCUGUUUCUGUUAAGGGCAAGGGUAAAUCCCCUGUAAAGGUGUUGCCAUCAUCAGGUGUGGCUGAGGAAAUUCCUGUUAAUAGGAUUGUUGAGGAUUGGGAAUGCAAGUACACCCGAUCUCAAUUCUAUCAUUCUAGAGUAGUAACAUCUGGGUAUUACUCUGUACUUGGUGACAUUAAGAGAAUUUUAACUGAAAACCAAUUGGAAAUUUUUUCAAAAUCUGUAUUUGGUUAUUUUCUUCGGAUUCCAGAGUACAUAAUUCAUUACCAAUUGCUUCAUUGUUUGCUGUUGAGGGAGGUUCAGCAGCCUAAUGGGUUGGAGUUUUGGGUUUGUGUCCAAGGGAAAUACCUUAGGUUUAGGGUACAAAAAAAUUACCAAGGGUGCUAUUCGAUCGCUUUUAUUGCUGACAAUCUUAAGGAUAACGACGAUCUUGCAGUCAAGUUGGCUGUAUUGUAUUUUGUGCAGUGUUAUUUGUUAGGUGGUCCCCCGGGUAAAGUUGUUUCGUCUGAGGAAAUAGAUGUUGUCGAUAGUGGUCGAUAUAAUGAAUUUGGGUGGGGCAAGCAUUGUUUUGAUAUCACUAUGCAUUCUUUGAAGGGUAAGAUAGAUUCUGGUUAUAAGAGGGUAGUUCGUAGUGACGAGGAUGGUGGGUAUUACAGGUUAUUGGGUUUUCCUUUGGCUAUUCAAUUCUGGUUUUUCGAGUGUUGCCCGUAUGUUAUUGGGAAACUGUCCUUGUACUCAAAUGUUGGCAUUCCAAGGAUUUUGAAUUGGCCUAAAUUACCCAAGGACAAGGAGGGUAUGGUGAAAAUGGAUGUCAUGAACACCCUCAUUUUCGAUCGGUCUUUGAAAGAGUUAAAAUUAAGAAACAUCACUCCAACUUCCGUUGAGAGAUUGAGUUUGAGCCUCACUGAUUUUUUCUCUGGUGAGACUACUCCCGAGGCUGUAAAAUUCAAAAUUAAAGGUGGUUCCAAGCCUGCUGGUCAACCUGGCUUGAUGGGUUCUUCUUCAUCAUCUGCUCAUGAGAAUGUCUCCCGAGUUGAGUUUGAGGAAUUUAAAAAGUGUUUAUCUGUUGUUGUCAGCCAGCAAGGGAUUCUUAUGAAAUCUGUUGCUGAGAUGAACAAGAAGCUGGACAUUCUUAUUGAGUCAUCCCAAGGUGGUCUUACUCACAAUGGAUCUCAGUCUGAAGAUGCUCUUCGUACUUCAGAAAAUGAGGAUGAUGAAGAUUCCACUUCGGAGGAAGACGAGGAUGAUAAAUUCGACGAUGACAAAGGAGAUGAUCAUCAUGACGAUGAAACUGAUGAUGAUGAUGAUGAUCUGGGUGGAGAUGGUGUUGGUGCUGGUCAGGAUGAGGCUCACACGGGCGAUGUUCGUAACGAUGAGGGUGUUGUUGUUCCCGAGGUUGUUUCGAGGGAUGAUGAUACCGGCAAGGUGGAUGAUGCCAAGUAUUUUGACCCUGUGGAACCUAUUGCAGAGAUCAAACAGCCUGAACAGUCUCAAGGUGGGGAGGACAACAUUGAUGUUGAUGCAACAAUUGCAUCUGCUGUUAAAGCUGUGGAGAAUUUGAUUGGUUCCUCAACUAAUGCCCCUGCUCCUGUUGAGACUUAUGAGAAGACUGAUCUUGAAAUGGUUCUUUUUCAAGAGACUCCUAUUUUACGUCCUCAAAAGAGGGAUCAGAAGAAAGGAGCUGUUUUGAAAUCCCCAUUCAUUGAGCUUGCUUCUGGUGCAUCUAAAUCAGGUUCAUCCUCAGUUUCUCCUGAUGAUUCUGUGUAUAAGGUCGUUAAAUAUGUGCGUGGUUUGUGCCCGUUGGACAACAAGAUUGGUGAACCUGUCGAUCCGCAAUUGGAAGCUGAGUUUGUCAAGUGGGUUGAUACAGGUCUUAGAAAGCAUAAAUCUAACACAACAACUAAUGUGUAUUGUAAGGGUAAGGACACAAUAUUUCCGCCAUUUCGUUUUGGUGUUGAGGACAUCAGCAACAAGAUGUGGUUUCACAACCUUGCCUACCCUAAUUGUUUCCUUACCAAUUCUCACAUUGACAUCAUUUUCUAUUAUCUUCGUAAGAAAAUAAUGUACUCAGCCAAGCCGAAAAUCAAAGUCACCACAACUGAUUGCCUGUUUUGUUCUAGCAUAACAACUUUGUAUGAGAAGUUUGUUGAGAAAAACAACGAUAUAUCGGUGUUGUCUCUUUCUCACAAUGUGGCCCAGUACAUUCAAGGUGGUAAGAUAUUAUGUGCCACUCCUUCGCAUUUGGUUGAUCAUGUUGUUAUGCCUAUCAAUGUAAAAUUACAGGAUCAUUGGAUUUGUGGUCGUCUUAACAUAGUUGACAGGCGCAUAUAUCUGUACAAUUCAUUGCGUUCUGGGAGGUAUAUGACAGCUGCCAAAGAGGCUUGCAAGUCUUUCUCUGUUAUUUUACCAUAUUACUUCUCUAUGUUAGACUUCAAAGGCCUUCGCAUCGAAGCUAAGUUUAGCACUAUGGAACCUUUCCCUAUUGUUGCUGUUGAUGGUUUACCCGAGCAGGUCACAGUGUAAGUUUUAUGUUUAGUGUUCAAUGUUUUUCACUGGUUGUUUGUAUUUUUAUUUUUUUGUUAUGUGACUUUGUUUUUUAUCAGUGUUCUCAUAGUGUCUUUUUUUGUGUUUUCUUGUUGUGUUUUUUCCAGUGAUUGUGGUGUUUUUGUUGCAUCAUUUGCUGAGUAUUUCAUUGAUGGCAAACCCAUCCCAUCCUCUGAUUUUGAUGUGGAAAUUCACCGCGAUCGUUUGGCUGUGUUAUUUUAUCAAUAUGGGAUGAAGAAGCAAACUGAGAACAUUGAAAGUGAAUCCAAGGCCCCUCCCAGCCUUCCCAAGAAGUGAUUUGUUUUUUCAAUCAGACUGUCAUUGUUCUUAUAGUUUUUUAAUGUUGUUUUAAUGUUUUUUAUGUUGUUUUUCUUAAACAAACAUUGGUGUUAUGUUGUGUUUCCUUACGUUUUGUGUGGACAACAUGUAAUCUUUUUAUUUUUGUAUGUUUUUUCUUAUUAUUUUUAUGUACAAACAAGUUGGUAUGUUAAAGUUGUUAGUUUUUUCAUUUCACAUCCCUUCUUUUUUUGUUUUUUUUUCUUAUAGUUUCUCUGUUUUUUUGAAUACAAAUAUUAAUUUCAGUAUUAAAAACACAAACUGUUUCAAUAACAAACUUCAUAUAUAUAUAUUCAAUUUAGUAUCCAACAUCUUUUAAUAUCCAAUCUAAAGUAUCAACAAUUCCCAAUGUAAUCAAUGUUUUUCAAAUAAAAAAUGUAUUCCCUUUGUAUUUCAGAAAUUUAAAUUCCUCAAUAUCUCAUUCUCAAAACGUAUGUGUAGUUUUCUUUUGUUUUUCCACUGUUGUUCUGUUGUUGUUUUUAUUCCCUUCUACGUCUUCUGCUGCAUGUUCUUUUGUUAUGCCCCAGUUCACCACAUUUGCUGCACUUGUUGUGUUGAUCCUUUUCCCAUCCAGCCUUCCUUCUCAAUGUUUUUGGUCUUCCUGAUUUUACUCUUUCAUGUGGAGGCAAGACUGUAAUAUUCUUCACUUCUUCCGGUACCUCCCAUUCACUUUGGUGUCCUAUUGGGUAAACUGUCCCUGAAUAAGUUGCCAGCCAAUUUUUUUUUUGUGUAGUAAUCUGAACAGUAGGUGUACGGGUCCAUGUUCAUCUCCCUCAUCACGGCCACUGCGUGCCCGCAUGGCAUUUCA